AUGGAGCGCGCACGCCGCCUCGCCAGCCGCGCGCUGCUGCGCCGCCUCCUCGCGGCCUCCUCCUCCGCCACGUCCCCGGCGCCGUCCCGCGGCGUCUCCACCCUGGCGCCCAAGCCGGCGGCCGGGUCGCGCCCCCGCGCGCGCCCGGCCCACCAGUACACGCCCGGCCGCCCCGUCUCCGUGUCGGCGCUGCAGCCCAGCGACACCUUCCCGCGGAGGCACAACUCCGCCACCCCCGCCGAGCAGGCCGUCAUGGCGUCCGAGUGCGGCUUCAACACCCUCGACGCGCUCAUCGACGCAACCGUCCCGGCCGCAAUCCGCGCGCCGCCGAUGCAGUUCACCGGCAAGUUCGACGCCGGCUUCACCGAGUCGCAGAUGCUCGAACACAUGGCGCACCUCGCCUCCAUGAACAAGACCUACAAGUCCUUCAUCGGGAUGGGCUACUACAACACCCACAUCCCGGCCGUCAUACUGCGCAACCUCAUGGAGAACCCCGCGUGGUACACGCAGUACACGCCCUACCAGGCGGAGAUCGCGCAGGGACGCCUCGAGUCGCUGCUCAACUACCAGACCAUGGUCGCCGACCUCACCGGCCUGCCCAUGUCCAACGCCUCGCUGCUCGACGAGGCCACCGCCGCCGCCGAGGCCAUGGCCAUGUGCCUCGGCAUCGUCAAGUCCAAGAAGAAGACCUUCCUCAUCGCCUCCAACUGCCACCCGCAGACCAUUGACAUCUGCCAGACGCGUGCCACCGGCUUCGACAUCAACGUCGUCGUCUCGGCCGCCAAGGACUUCGACUACAGCAGCGGCGACGUCUGCGGCGUGCUCGUGCAGUACCCCGGCACCGAGGGGGAGGUGCUGGACUACGCCGAGUUCGUCAAGGACGCGCACGCGCACGGCGUCAAGGUGGUGAUGGCCACUGACCUGCUCGCGCUCACCACGCUGCGCCCGCCGGGCGAGAUUGGCGCCGACAUCGCUGUGGGCUCCGCGCAACGGUUCGGCGUGCCCAUGGGGUACGGCGGCCCGCACGCUGCGUUCCUCGCCACCUCCCAGGAGUACAAGCGGCUGAUGCCCGGCCGCAUCAUCGGAGUGAGCGUCGACUCCAGCGGCAAGCCCGCGCUCCGCAUGGCGAUGCAGACCAGGGAGCAGCACAUCCGGCGAGACAAGGCCACCAGCAACAUCUGCACCGCGCAGGCGUUGCUCGCCAACAUGGCAGCGAUGUAUGCUGUCUACCAUGGGCCUGCUGGCCUGAAGGCGAUCGCCGACCGUGUCCAUGGCCUGGCUGGUACUUUCGCCCAUGGUUUGAAGAAGCUCGGGACAGUGACGGUGCAAGAGCUGCCCUACUUCGACACGGUCAAGAUCACUUGCGCUGAUGCUAAUGCGAUUGCCGAGGAGGCCCGCAAAAACGAGAUGAACCUUCGCGUUGUCGACGCGAACACGAUCACCGUUGCCUUCGAUGAGACCACCACCUUGGAGGAUGUUGACAAGCUGUUCAAGGUUUUCUCUGGUGGCAAGCCAGUGGACUUCACAGCUGAAUCCAUCGCACCUGAGGUCUCAAGCUCAAUUCCUCCUAGCCUUGUGCGCGACAGCCCCUACUUGACUCACCCAAUCUUUAGCAUGUACCACACUGAGCACGAGCUCCUCCGUUACCUGCAUAAGUUGCAAUCCAAGGAUCUCUCACUGUGCCACAGUAUGAUCCCUCUUGGUUCUUGCACCAUGAAACUAAAUGCUACCGUCGAGAUGAUGCCUGUCACCGAUCCCAAGUUCGCCAACAUGCACCCAUUUGCCCCUAUUGAUCAAGCUGCUGGCUAUCAUGCAAGAGGAGACCACCACCGAAAUGUCUGCAUCAUUCCUGUCUCUGCGCACGGUACAAACCCUGCAAGUGCUGCUAUGUGUGGAAUGAAGAUUGUUGCCGUUGGAACUGAUGCCAAAGGUAACAUUAACAUUGAGGAGUUGAGGAAAGCUGCUGAAGCAAACAAGGACAACCUGUCUGCUCUGAUGGUUACCUAUCCUUCAACCCAUGGAGUCUAUGAAGAAGGCAUUGAUGAGAUAUGCAGGAUUAUUCAUGAGAACGGCGGUCAGGUCUAUAUGGAUGGAGCUAACAUGAACGCUCAGGUUGGGUUGACAAGCCCUGGUUUUAUUGGAGCAGAUGUUUGCCAUCUUAACCUUCACAAGACAUUUUGCAUUCCACAUGGUGGAGGUGGUCCUGGCAUGGGUCCUAUUGGUGUUAAGAAGCACUUGGCGCCAUUUUUGCCAUCUCAUCCAGUGAUCCCCACUGGUGGCUUCCCUCUCCCUGAGAAAACCGACCCUCUUGGUUCCAUUUCUGCUGCUCCAUGGGGAUCUGCUUUGAUUCUUCCAAUUUCGUACACCUACAUAGCCAUGAUGGGCUCUCAGGGACUCACUGAAGCUUCAAAGAUUGCUAUCCUGAACGCGAACUACAUGGCAAAGCGUCUGGAGAAACACUACCCAGUUCUUUUCCGUGGAGUCAAUGGAACUGUUGCCCAUGAAUUCAUCAUUGAUUUAAGAGGGUUCAAGGCAACUGCUGGUAUUGAGCCUGAGGAUGUGGCGAAGCGCUUGAUGGACUACGGAUUCCAUGGGCCAACCAUGUCAUGGCCCGUUCCAGGCACACUUAUGAUUGAACCCACUGAAAGUGAAAGCAAGGCUGAACUAGACAGGUUCUGUGAUGCCCUUAUCUCCAUCAGAGAGGAAAUUGCAGAGGUAGAAAAUGGCAAAGCAGAUGCACACAACAAUGUCCUGAAGGGCGCUCCUCACCCACCCCAACUCCUGAUGGGUGACGCAUGGACUAAGCCAUACUCUAGGGAGUAUGCUGCGUUCCCCGCCGCGUGGCUUCGUGGUGCCAAGUUCUGGCCAACAACAUGUCGUGUGGACAACGUGUACGGGGAUCGCAACCUGAUCUGCACUCUGCAGCAGGCAUCCCAGGUGGCAGAGGAAGCUGCAGCUGCCACCGCGUAA